GGCUUGGUUUUUCACAUGUGUGAGUGAAAUCCUUUCAGACUCUUGCCCGUGCUCUUCUAAUGAAGAGGCUUUUAGCUCCACUAGGAUUUGGGAGCUACAAUACAGCUGGGCUUUUGAUAAAAUGGGGAGAUGCUAGAGGUGGGGAUGUAAUAUUUCCGAUUUCAGCUUGCAAACAAGUCUCAGAGAGAGAGCAGAACAUCCUCCUUGUGCAGCCUUUUGUUGGCUGCAGCAGGGCUGGGGAGACGUCGUCUGGCUGGGUUGCUCUGGGUUGGUGUUGAAACACAACUCAUGGUGCUGCUACCAAAAAAGUAAAAUCUUCUGGUGGCAUCAGUGUGUCUUAGGUAGCUAGUGGGAAGUUUUAGAAAACUUAUUUCUUAUUCGUGCUUUUCCAUAUUCUGUUCCUUUUUUCUCCUUUCCCUCAGUCCUGUUAGGGCUCUUGCUUUGAACUUCCUUGUGGAAGAAAUGGGUCUGGCAGAAAGGUUUAGCAAGGUGGCCUGUGGCCGCCAGUAAUUACAAUUCAUCAGUGUGGCUCUCUGACUUCUCACCGUAGUCACCUGUAAAAUCCAUGCAGCUAAAGAUAUUUAGGUCUGGUUUUUCUCUUACAGGUCCAACUUUUCAUGCUUUCUUUCCCCAACACUGCUCUCCAAAGCUUGAGUCCAGCUCUGUGUCCCCUGCUUGCCAGGGAUGACUGCUUGACCAGAAACACAUAAUGCUACCAAUCUGUAGGCAGUCUUCUGCAGAGUUUCAAAUAAAUAUUGUUUCAAGUGACACUAAGCAGAGAUGCCCUGAAAAAAUGCCGAUUUGAGAGAGGGAGCAAAGCAUUCUGCUCGUUCUUUGAAGCAGAACAACCCUCUGGCUCACGAAGCAGCAGUAAUGAAUGGAGUCAAAUAGCAUGGUGCAUAAUCGCCUUCUCCUUUUGUAUUAGUUUCAUACAGAUCUUGCGUGGUGACAUUCUUCCAGGCCAUCAAGUUCUUUAUCGUCCCAACGUACUGAGGGUACAAACAGAAUCGAGUUGCUCGUUAUCGUUGCAUCUGCACACGGCUUUUAAUUUCUUGGAGGUUUCAGAAACAAAAAACCCAAGCCCUCGUGGCUAGCACCGUUUAAAUCUGCUGUCAGCCUGCUUGCACAGCUCACUUCUGCCCUGCAGUGCGGAGCACAGAGCUGCCGCAGGAGAAGCCUGAAGCAAUGGUGCAACAAGGCUUAAAAUGUGGUGGUGGUGCUGAAGAAAAGCUGUCUGGAGAGCGUUACGUGGGAUCAGCGCGUCGGAAGCUCUCCCAUUUGCCCCUGCCCUGGGGGAAAAAGCUCUGAAAAGAUGGAGAACCAGAGGGGUUCGUGCUUGAGAUACGUCCACUGGGAAGCAGAAGAGGAGGGGGACGAGGAGGGUGAGGUGACUCCUGGUGCUUCUCCUUCCAGCCGAACGACUGAAUUGGAAGACGUGGAGGUGGAGAUGCUCAAAAAGGCAAGGGAGCUCUUCCAGCUGUGUGACAAGGAUGAGAAGGGCUUUAUCACCAAGCUGGACAUGCAGCGGCUUCAGAGUGAACUCCCCCUAACGCUUGAGCAGCUGGAGACUGUUUUUGACAGCUUGGAGCAGAACAAUAAUGGAUACCUGACGCCUGUGGAGUUCAGCAUGGGGCUGGGAAAGUUGAUAGGGAUUGACUUGUGUCCGGGGGCCAGAAAGACAGAUCGCUCCAGUCACGAGGAGACCUUUGAGUCAGGCUGGUCAGAUGAUAUGGACCCGGCAGAUGAUGAAGAGAAACGCUUCUGCUCCAUGAUGGAGCAGCUCGGAGCAGCCCAAGUAUUUGAAGAUCCAAGUGAGGUUCGGGAGCUUUGGGCCCGGCUACGAAAGGAGCGCCCGGAGCUCUUAUCCAGUUUUGAGGAGUUUCUGUUGCGUGUUUCAUCGUACAUCAAGGAGGUGAAUCAUGAGAAGGAGUCUAUGGAGCAGGCGUUGAAGCGGAAGGAGACAGACCAUGACCGAGAAGUCAGGUGCCUUUAUGAAGAAAUGGAGCAACAGAUCAAAGCAGAAAGGGAGAGGAUAAUCUGCCAGGAAGCACUGAGACAUGACAGGAGUAACCUGCUCCGAAAGGAACUGCGCAGCAAAGAGCAGGAGCUGGAGAAAAUUCUCUACCGACAGAAGAAGCUGGAACAUCAGCUGCAGUCUUUGAACUCGGAGCAGCUGGAGACCCGUGUGCAGAAUGAAAGGCUCCGGCACCUGAACGAAAACCUGCUGGAGGAGCUGGAGAAAAGCAAAUGGGAGCUGGAGGCUGUGAAGGGGCAACUACAGAAGCUCCAGAAAGAGGCCCAGCUUGAGCAAGAGCAGAAGGACAGGGAUGUGUUCAGAGUCUCCAAGAACAUGCAGAAAGAGAAACAAAGCCUCCUUCGGCAGCUGGAGCUCCUCAGAGAGAUGAACAAGAAACUUCGAGAUGAGCGAGACACUUUCGAAGCCAAGAAGCCGGCGCCUCAGAGCAAAAAGCCCCUCUUGAAGAAAGGGUCAGUGCUAGGCAGCUACCUGCAGGACGACAAGCCGGUCAAACGACAACUGGCCUCUGCGGACCUUCCUAUCACCUUCCCAGUGGAUAUGGCAAUGGAAGAACCCAACAGGAAGAACUGUAAAUACUUCCCAGGCAGCGAGUCGUGGCUGAAGACAGGAGAAGGAGGCAGCACAAACUUUGGGGAGAACAGCAGAGCCAAGGAGAGCUGGCCAGUGGCAGCAGAUGCUGAGAGGUUGAAGGUGACUUUGAAGGGUGAUGCUGACUGUAGAAAAAGUGCCGAUGGAGUGGAUGAUGCUCCAUUGCCUCCUAGAGGACAGCCUGUUGGCACCGAAACCAGGCUCCAGGUGCUGGAACCAGCCAGUUGCUCCCCGGAUCGUAUCUUCAAAGUGGUGUUUGUAGGGAACUCCGGCGUUGGUAAGAGCUCCUUCAUCCACCGCUUCUGCUAUGACAGGUUCUUGGCUGAACUCAACGCAACCAUCGGUAUUGAUUACCAGGUGAAGAGUCUGAUGGUGGAUAACACCCAAGUUGCUUUACAGCUGUGGGAUACAGCUGGACAAGAAAGGUUCCGGAGCAUCACCAGGCAGUAUUUCCGGAAGGCAGAUGGCAUUCUGGUGAUGUACGACGUUACGGCCGAGUGCUCCUUCACGGCGGUGCGCAACUGGAUGAGCAGCAUCCAGGAAGGUAUCGAGGAUGGAGCUGUGGUCUUUCUGCUUGGAAAUAAAAUGGAUGCUGCACAGAGAGAGACCCGGCAUGUCCCCAAGGUGGAGGGGGAAAGGCUGGCGAAGGAAUACAAGGCUGUCUUCUAUGAGUGCAGCGCGAUGACCGGCUAUAACAUCAUGGAGCCCAUGCUGCACAUGGCCAGGUUGCUGACAGCACAAGAAGACAGGCAGAGGGAGAAUGCCCUGCAGCUGGAAGAUGUCAGCAGGAGGAAAGGGUGCUGCACGUAAGGCACAUCAACGUGUCAGCAAGAGACGCGUGUGUCAGCACCAGUUCAUGAAGCUGGGAUUCCUUUGGAGCAAGCUGAAUCCGAUGGUAUCGGGUCUGCAGAGACUUGGGGAAGCCGCAGCUUUUCCCCAUCUGGGAAUUUCAAGGCACUAAAUCAGGCCAAAAUGUACGUGUGCUCUGUACUGUUCCAUUUCCCACCUCUCACACAGUCCUGGUCUCUGCUUUCUUGGGGGAACUGGGCUAGUCUUGGCACAAACCACAUCUUCUGUCCAGAGUGGUCACUUCCUUGUAAAACGCCGUUUCCUUUUGUUUCUGGCACAGUGGCCUAGCAACAGCAUGGAGGAUGCGGUGGGAGCUGUGUUAAAUAGAUUAUUUUAGUGUAAGAAAUAAAGAGAGAAUUUUAAAUUUAGGCUAACUCCAGGUAGUAAUCCUUCUGUCUCAAAGAGCAUCCUCCUCCUCUCGGGUCUGUAAGAGCAGAGCCCAGCUGACAGCUUGCUGAGCUCAAUGGGAAAGCCUCCGUCAGUCCCUGUAAGAUCUGAAUCCGGCCCCGCACUUGCUGGGAAAUUUACUUUAACUUGCCAACACUGCAGUUAACUGAUUCCAUAUGUGGACAUACUAUGAGCUGAUAAAACCAUUCAUCCCAAUGUCUUUCCUCGCUUUGUUACCCUCCUUCUCGUGCUGUUUACAGGACACAGAGCGUUGCCCUGAGACUCGUGGGUGACUGUGGUGCUGGCAACUAUUGCAGGCGCUGUGCUGUACCUCCCGGGGGCCAUAUAUAGCCUGUUUUAAGGCUGAGUGCCAUCUGCUUCCUCCCAUUCUCUUAUCCUUUCCGGAAAGGUCUCCAGCAGUUAGGAGCUGACAUAUCCGCAGUACGUACGUGGGCUGGAAUCAUGAGGCAGCUGCCUCAGCUGUGAAACGUACCUAGUGGAGCUUUUCCUCCUUUUCCUUAUGAAGGGCCCAAGCAAGAGCAGGGCUGAGGUAGGAUCUGGCCCUACAAGUGCCCCUCUCGGCUGCUCUGGCUCUGCAGGAUGCUGUGUAGCUGCUGCUGUGCCUGGGCACGGAGCCCUGUGUCCUUUGGGGUGUGAUGCUUUCUCUGUUUCACAGCUCUGUUGCUCUUAAUGCCUUGUGGGUUUCUCCUUGAACCCGUUUCUGCAUGUGACUGUGAAAUCUUGGGCACACGACAUGAUACUGCAGCUAUAAAACAGUUCCCCAACCUCACAGCGUAGGGAAGGCCUAUAUUUAUCCACUGGCUUUCCUCUCUGGGGAUAAGGCAUUUACUCUGACUCCGAAUGUCUGUUUAUCACACAAGUUUCUCUGGGAAUAUCCCAGGCAGGGAUGUGCUCUGAGUCACCUACAGCCCAUCAGCAUUACAGAGAAUUUCCAUGGUUCCUCCCUGUGCCAUUUAAUCCUGAAAGGAAAGAGGAAGAUUCUCUCUGGAAGAGCCAGAUUCCUGAUUAAAAGGAGUAGCUAAAUGUGUUACGUUUCUGCUCAGCCCUUGCUGCUGGCUGGCUGGGGCUCAUGCUGUUGUACAGCUGGUGGGUUUAACUGCACAAAUGCCUCGCAGGGACCGGGAAGCAGUGAGUUAGGGGAGGCCUGAAGGAACCGGGGCUGCUGGUUUUGAGCUUAGGGUAGCACCAGCAGUGGAACUGCUUGUGCUUGUGAGAAAGGAUGUUUGGGAAGGGAAAUCUAAUCCUAGAAAUCACCUGUAAUAUUUAGACUGCCCUACAGUGGAUCCACAUCCCAAACGCAGAUGUGGAUUUCUUGUGUUCUAGCUAACGUGGCCGUGAAGAAGCAUAGAUAUUAUCCUCUGUUAAAUGGGUCAAACCCACUGCCUGACUUGCAGGAGCUGCUGUCAGUGAUCCACCUGCAUCGUGCUCCAGUCGCAGGUUAAUAAAGAGCGGCACCAACAACUGGUGUCUUUGGUCCAGGCACAUCAAUAACGCUAACAUUUGCUUACUGCAGCAGCAUCCUGGGCAGGAUUUGGGAAGCUGCUGCAGAAGGAAGAGAGCAGCAUCCAGGCUGCUAACGUGGUCUGAACGUGCACCUCCCACGCUGCAUGCAAAGCACAUGAAAGAUAAAGGAGUGAAAUAUAGCUGGCACAUGAGUAUGGGACACUGUGUAUUACCAUCAUCGGUGUUGUCAUACUACAGUAAAAACAAAGAACUACCCCCUUUUUUUUUUGGUGUACAACCUUAAGUAUG